AUGAAAAACAAUUACCUCGUCGGCGAUAUGUCAACCGUUUGGCCCAAACCCAGGGUUUCUAAUGUUUUAAAUGACUAUAAAAUAUGCAAAUUAAUACCCAAUCAUCUGAAGUGCAAAACGAAAUUGUUUGUUAUUUUCGCCGAUAUCGACAAAAACAACACACAAUUUGAUAAUAACAUCAUAUUAAUCACAACUGAGGACAAGGCGUACGGUUUGGGGGCCAAUAGUUGCGGUUUCUUGGGUUUAGACCAGACAUCGGCCGUCAAAGAGCCGCAACAUAUUAAAGAGCUAUCAUUUAUAGGGAUUUGCGAUUUCAGCGAAGGCUAUGACUUUAUGAUCGCCCAGACAUCAGACGGCGACCUUAUAAGUUGGGGAAACAAUAAUAAGGGACAAUUGGGCAGAGGGUAUACCAAUUACGAUCAUUUUGUCAAACCCGCGGAGAUUGUAUUCCCGCAAAAUGAAUAUAUUGUGCAAAUAAGUUGCGGCAGAAAACACUCGUUGGCCCUCACGUCAGAUGGAAAAGUCUACGGAUGGGGUGAUAACACGUCCGGACAGGUGUCCGGCAAACCCACUGAUAACAUAUCGGCACCGCUAAAGUUAGCCCUGAAAAAUAAGAUCAAGUACGUUUUUGCUGGCUUUGAGUCCUCGUAUGCGGUGACCAUCGAUGGCCAGGUCUACAGUUGGGGUCGCAAUGAGUACGGAAUAUUAGGUCACGACAAUACCAGUCGCAAGCCCAGACUUGUCACCGGAUUGAAGGAUGUGAUCAAAGUGUGCGGUAAUAAAUUAAACAGCUAUUUCUUGACGAGUGAUCAAUACGUGUACUUUUGUGGUGCCGUCGAUGCGGAAAUAGUUAAGAAAAAUUCAAAUGUUUAUCAAUCCUAUGGAAAUCCAAUGAUAUUUAACAUGAAUAAAGUGCUGGACAUAUAUUGCUCCCAUUUUGAAGCCAAACCAUUAGAACUGUUGGUGGAGAAGGAGUUUGUCUAUCAAUGUUAUAACAAACAGUUUAUUAAAACAAAUUUUGGAAACUUUUUUGAAUAUUUCAAAGGAAAACAAAUUACUUAUAAAACUCUGCAUCUGGACAGCGAUGGAAUUUUGUCCACUCGUGGACUGUUCAUAACACCCAAAGACAAAACAUUUAAAACCGUGGAUAGAUUAGUUUACGCCUGCGAUGGCAAGUUUGAGACCACGUUUAAUUCAGUUGAGCCCAUAAAUAUCGGUGCGUUUGGCUCUGUGUUUAAAGUUAUCAAUAAAACAGACGGCAAACUCUAUGCCGUGAAGAAGAUAUCCAUUGAAAAUAAAUCGGUUUACUAUAAAGGCUUUCGAGAAUUUCAGACAAUGACUAAACUAAACAAUGAAUCCAUUAUUGAGUAUAAGACCGCAUGGAUUGAAGACAAUCAGUUUGUCUACAUUCAGAUGCAAUACUGCGACUAUAAUUUGAGGAACAUUUUGGACACCAGAAUGAAUGCAUUUAAUAGACAAUCGACCAAAACGCCUAUCAGUUUAACCGAAUAUUAUUUAUUCUUGAAAAUAUUUUCUGAGAUAAACCAGGGCUUAGAAUAUUUGCAUUCAUUAGUCCCGCCGAUUAUUCACCGAGAUUUAAAACCCCAGAAUAUUCUGGUCGUCCGCCACAACCCCAACGGUUGGUUCGUCAAGAUAUCAGACUUUGGUCUCUCCGUGUUUCACGAGUCCGGCUCUCAAAGUCAUACUCAACGCACGGGUACUGAGAAAUAUAUGGCACCGGAGGUUAAAUUUAGCGGCGAUUACAACACUAAAUGCGAUAUUUUUAGUUUUGGUUUAAUUGCGUGCGAAAUGUUUGGCAUAGAUUUCUAUUCUUCAAUAGAGGUUUCCGAGAGAAAUCACUUCGCAAUAUCGGACCAGAUGUUUCAAUCACUCGUCGAUACCCUGUUUAAUAUGAUAGACCGAUACCAUGAAAAACGACCGACAAGUGCUGACAUACAGGCGCUGAUUAACAACUGCACUGUCGAUAGGAUUGAUGGCUUAGAGUAUUUGCAUUCAUCGGACCCUCCUAUCAUUCACCGGGAUUUAAAGCCCGAGAAUAUUCUGGUCGGCCAUAACCACCCCAUGGAUUGGUUCGUCAAGAUAUCAGACUUCGGUCUCUCCGUGUUUGACGAGUCGGGCUCUCAGAGUCACACUCGCGGCGCGGGUACUGAGAAAUAUAUGGCACCGGAGACUUGCAAGAGGGAAUCCCUCUUCCCUCUGAGGGAAAAAGAGGAACAGGGAAAUGAAAUGAGUGAAGCGGGACGGGACGGGAAUCCCUCUUAUAAAUUUCCCUCUUUUUCCAUCAUUUCUCCCCUAAUUCCCUACAAUAUAAAUAUAAGGGAUUUCCGGGAUUCAAUCUUCCCUGUAGCGGGUCGGGACGGGAUUCCCUCUUAUCAAAAACGAGGGAAGAGGAACGGGACGGGAAAUGAUAAUUGGAAAAAUUCGCCAGAGGUUUCCAAAAGAAACCACUUCUCGAUAUCGGACCAAAAGUUCGAGUCACUCGUCAAUACCCUGUUUAAUAUGAUAGACCGAUACCAUGAAAAGCGACCGACAAGUGCUCACAUACAGGCGCUGAUCAACAACUGCACUGUCAAUGCGAUUGAUUUAUAA